AAAAAAGUUUGCUCUUACCUCUUGCUCUCCUGCUUAAAAGGCGCGAACUUUCGCUUUCACUAGCGAAACCGAAGCCCAGUGCCAAGGCUGUCUCAUUAUCUCUAGGUUUUCUGGCUAUCGAUUCUCUCUCUAUCACUGUCUGCCCACCGCUCUAGCACCACCUCUCAUGGAUGAAUCCGACGCGGAGAUCCCCGAUGGGUUUCCCGUCGGCAUGAGUGUACUCGCCGUUGAUGACGAUUCCUUUGUUCUCCGGACCCUCGAGCUGCUGCUUCUUAAGUGCGGGUACAGAGUCACUGUAUCUCAACAUGCAUUUGAAGCUCUGGAGUUAUUAAGAGCGAACAAAGAUGAUUAUGAUCUUGUGAUUAGUGAUGUUAAAAUGCCAGAUAUGGACGGGUUUAAGCUUUUGGAGAUUGUAGGCCUUGAGAUGGACUUGCCUGUUAUCAUGCUCUCUGUUGAUUGUGAUGUCAAAAGUGUUAUGAAAGGUAUAAUGCAUGGAGCAGUUGACUAUCUUACUAAGCCUGCGAGGCUUGAGGAAUUGCAGCUUAUCUGGAAACAUGUAGCUAGACGAUCACUUGAUGAAAAAAAAGAUCAAAAUACUAGAAAACAACUUGGUCAUGCAGCUAAGUUUGAAGAUUUUCAAAAAUUGCACCAACCCAAAAAAUGCAAGGAUCGUAAUAAAGAAAGGGAUAAUGAGGAUAGUGCAGAUUCUGAUGAAGAAAUGACUCCACAAAAGAAACCAAGGAUUACCUGGUCACCAGAGCUGCAUGCCAAAUUUAUAAAUGUUGUUAACCAAUUGGGCAUAAGCAGGGCAGCUCCGAAGAAAAUUCUUGAUAUGAUGAACAUCUCAGGACUUACUCGAGAGAAUGUGGCGAGUCAUUUACAGAAAUACCGAAAAGGCUUGCAGAAAAAUGCAAUUGAGCUUAGCCAGCAGCUUUUCAAACACCCAGGAGCAAGUGCAUAUACUGAAAACUCUCUUUUAAUGACCGCUAAUCCACAAAGAAUGGCUAUUUGUUCUUUUGACAGACCUCACACCAAUAUAUACAAAAAUAUGUCUGUAGCAUCGUCAUGUACUCCUGCUCAGCAAUCUUGUAAUGGCUAUUCUAAAGUGCCAUCAACAUCGCUCUUUCAUUCUCCGACCCAUCAGAAUAAUUUCUGUCAACAAUAUGCUAUGAAUCCACAUUCAGGUCAAUUAGGAACACAACAAGUAACCCUGACCAAAAACUCUUAUAUGAUGACGGCAUCAACUCAAGUUUCAAGUUAUCAGUCUUUUGCUCCAAGUUCAAGUCAGCUUGAUAGUGCUGCGCAGAGUUGUUCUCAAAAUCCUAGGAAAGUUGAUGUUGAUUCUAGGCUGAAUUCACUUUACCUGCUGGGACAUGCUUUGGACCAUCAAACAGUUGAUAUGUUUAUCAGCAAUAACCAAUCGGAUAACUACUCCGUUGAGCUAGAUGCAGUACUAUCAUCGGUACAAAAGCAGCAGCAGUUUGGUUCCUGCUUGGAGGCCGAUGUAGAAGCAGGAGCUCAUAUAAACUGGGAUUCACUGGAUGUUCAGAGCAGUAGCCAUGAAGAUUACAUGGGAAGCGGACCUUUUAAGUUUCCAGUUGGUCCGGCAGAACAAUUUUCAGCUGAAAUAACAUUUGCAUUUAACAAGGUUGAACACACUGAUGAUCUGCAUGCAGCACUCAAGCAGUUUCAGCGAUAGGAUUUCUGCAAGGAGACUCUCAAAGAAAUUGUAUAUACUAGAGGUGUUCUUUCUCUCAAGUUGAUAUUACAGCUAGUGCUCGAUGAUCCCAACUUAUUCGAAUUGGUGAAUGACGCUCCAAUAUUACUGAUUUUAGUGAUUUAUGUCCUGUAUAUGAUUCCAGCUUGUGGAUUAUUUCCUCUGCUUCUUUAGUUUCAGGUUUUUGCCAAAUAUAUUUUUAGUUUUAUGGGUUUAUUUUAAACGAUUAUUUUCUGUAAAAAUUAACUCCAGCGUCUUCUUGAAUUUUAGGUUAUUUUUUCUUUAUCUUUUAAAGUUGCUGUUAUUUAAAUUUGAUUACAGGAUCCAUGUUUCUUCAUCA